UGUUGUGUGAUAACCAAAAGAUAAGUCAUCAGCCAUUCAACUUUUAAAACUGAAGACUUUUAGUAUUUAUUUCUAAGGAUAUACUCAGUUUAAAAGUCAUUGUUAAAUAGCUGUGUCGGAUAAAGCAUGGCUGGAUAUUGCUUUUUGCUACAUCUUCUGCUGACCGGCAUUCUGGGGUGGGCCACUAAAGCACAGGACGAAAGUACUACUGAGAUGGACAUCCAAACGGCCAAUCAGACUGAAGAUGCUUUGUUCAUUUCUGUGACAUCAGAGGGACCAUUGUCUCUGACCACACCUGGAGAAGUGGAGGAGGACACUGUGCCACCCACUGGGACUCGUUGCCGAGGGUACUACGAUGUGAUGGGCCAGUGGGAUCCUCCUUUUAAUUGUAAUGCGGGUAUCUUCCUGUACUGUUGUGGGACCUGUUUCUAUCGGUUUUGCUGUCAGUUCCGUCAGCAACGGCUGGAACAGACCUCUUGCUCUAAUUAUGACACUCCCAUCUGGGCCAACACUGGAAAACCAGUGGCCACCAACACCGUGGUUCAGCCAGACCAUGAGCGAGAUCGCACCCAUAUGAUUGUGUACAUCAUUUGUGGCGUGGUGGCCAUCAUGGUUCUGGUGGGAAUCUUCACCAAACUGGGUCUGGAGAAGAGCCGUGGAGGCCAGAACGACCUCAGAAACUCCAGAACACUACAGGAGUUUCUGAAACAGCCAGGUGGGGAGGUGAGUCCUGUGGAUGGUCAUCUAAACACGACCCCUAUUGGAGCAAACGGCAUCUCUGUCAGGAUGCUUCGCAGCCGCAGUGAGCAGUACCAUCUAAACAAUGCUGGCUUCUGUUUUGGUUCACCCGUCGGACUGCCCCAACCUCAAAGCAACCUCAGUAUACCAGGCCUUACGCUAAAUAAAUACAACUCUCUAAGAGCAGUUGCUGAUACUGCGACUCGAGGCUACUACAAGAGUUAUCCACUAAUGGAUUUCUCUCAACAUCAAUCCCCUCCUGCACACUUCAAACCGAUCCAGAUGUACCCAAAAGACAAGUCCUACCUACACCAAGUCCUGCCUUCACAUGACAUCCAUUCCCCCCUUUCCAUCUCAAUCCCGACCAACCAACUGCAGAGGUCCAGUAUCCCAAAGACCAUCACCCAUCCUCAGCUUUCCAGAUCAUCCUUUAAAGCUUGGGAUUCUGGGCAAAGACACAUCUACCGACAGACGUCACAUCCAGGGCACUCCAAUCGCAGACAGACUUCGAUCAACAGGAGGCAGUUCAGUGAGGGAACACUGCCCGAGUUCCAGUACUCAGGCUAUGGAGGACACCCUUUGUAUCAGCCCCAUCCCACACUUAAGGCCUACCAAACAAACAGCAAGACAGAGGUCACUGUCUGAGCAAAUUGCACAAAGAAAACAGUGUCAUGAUUGUGUGGUCACCUCUACUGGUUCGUUAUUUAACUCCCUUAUGUUUCGGUUCAUUUUGAUCCCAGUUUCAUUCCAGGGAUCUGGGGUUUGUGUUACAGCAGCAGCACGCUCUCUACAUCAGGAACGCAAGACCCCUAAGGCCACAUUAACUCAAUGGGAACAACACCAUUAUAUCCCGUCAGCCUAAAUCAGUGAGACAUUUUCCUGGUCAUCUUUACAUAAACAUGACCUCAGGAUUAGUUAUGUGGAUAAAAGACAUUUGUUGUCCUGCACAAGAACAUGGAUGGAAAGCACGGUGGCCGGUGACUUCUUUUUCGAGGGCGCACGAUGCGAAGCUCGUCACAACAUGUAUUUAGCCCGUCAUGUGUGUGGUUCAUCCUUUCAAAAUGUGUGUUCUGUGUGUCAUGUGAACCAUGUGCAUCAUGCGUCUUGUCAAAAUAACUGCCUGCUGCAGACGAGUCUAGAGUUUAUGAUAAAAGUGAAGCUCACAUUUGCCAGAUACUCAAUCUCAUGUGUAAUCAGAGUUUACUUUUAAGGGAGUGUCUUGCGAAUAUUUUAUGAACGUGAGCGUCUCUUUUAUCAUAAACCGGUUCAACGCAUGUCCAGCAGGCACUUAUUUUGACAAGACGCAUGAUGCAUAUGGUUAACAUGACCCAACAAACAUGUAUUUUGGAAUGACGAGCAAUACACAUGACACUCCAAACACAUAUUUUGAAUGCGCGCCCCCCAGAAGAGAAGUCACCCGGUGCCACUAAUGGUGCAUUUAAGUUAGGAGUGAGGAACCCUGGUUUAAGUCAUGGUGGAUAUAUCGUAGCGAUUGAACGCCACCAUAAAGUCGUAAACACAAGUGGGAAACUCAAAUUUAACAUGAUUUAGAGUUUUAAGAUUUUGAUUAACCAAACCUUGCCAUUUUAUCAUGUAAUUUAUUAAAAGAAGGCACCGUUAAGUCAUAUUUACAGCACCAAGUCACUUGCGUUGCCGCAAGAUUGUACCUUCUUUUAAAUGAAUUGUGCAUCAUUAUUAAUGUGCAUCAUGUGUUUUGUUUUUAAUUCGUUUAUGAAACCACUGUAUACUAUAAUGCUACAUCCUGGCUGUUUCUCAAUUCCAAGAACGCAACGAACAGACUUGUGUUCUCGUCUUGCCAGGCGACCUUGGAAAAACGAACUCAGAAGGUGUUUCUCAAAGUCAAGGAUACUUCCUUGGCAGGACUGGUCCUUCCAAGUCACUUCUUUCAAAGGCUAUGCGAAGCUCCUAUUUAGCAUUCGGAUAACACAUAAAUGGAACAGGCUAGCAGCAAGUGUACAUAAUUGCGUCAUUACGUCAGUGAAAAGGUGUGCUUUUCGGCCCUGCGCGCAUAGGAUUGUGGGUAAUUUUAGAGCGCGAAGAGCAUGAAGGCUACACAUAUGCAUCCUUUCCUGUAUAUGGGAUAUUUCUUGAACGAAGGACUCAGUCCUUGGUUGAAAUUCCGAGGAUACUCGACAAUGGAACAGUACUUUGACGUAUGUCGAUGACGUAGCAUCCUCAAAAUUCUGGCUUCUGAGGAUCCUUCCUUGACAUUGAGAAACACCUAGAAGGUCGCGAGAACACAGAACGCACUUGUGAGAUUUGAGAUGUGUGCGAUCUUCCUGUUGGUCACCUGAUCUCCGCCAUUAUUUUGCCGCAGUGACUUCUGGGGCGUUAAGCAUUUUCAACGUGCAAGUCUCCACUCGAUGCAUCCUCGAUAUCAAGAACACAUCCGGGUAUUAUGCGUCCUCUGUACUUGAGAAUCGGAAUUGAACUUCGACGGUUAAUGAUGACACCAGGACACAAGCGCUGAAGAACGCAUAUUUGAGAAACAGCCAUUAACUUAUAUCCCUACUGAAAAAAAAUGGCCAAAACCAGCAUAAGCUGGUGAGCUGGUUUUAGCUGGUCUCCCAGUCUGGUUUUAGCUGGUGUAGCAAGUUGGUCUAGACAUGUUAUCUUCAAUUUUUAAGCUGGUCAAACUGGAUCUAUAGCUGGUCAGGCUGGAAUAUCAGAUGACCCACCAGCUUUGCCAGACUGCGAAACCAGUUAAAAUAGAAGGGAUAGUGAUGGCACAUUUUGUGCAGACAGGUUAUUUUGUUGUCUGACAACAUUUAACAACAGACAAUCCGCCCAUGUUUUUAUCUAACACGCCCCCAAAUUGUAAACUCAGGGCUUUAAGUUUCCCAAUCAUUUUUACGACUUUGCGGUAGGGUUUAUGCCAUAGACUGUAAAAAAUAUGGACAUAGUGUCUGUGACGUUACCCAUUGGUUUGUGAAGAUCGUUUUUGAAGCUUAAAGUAGGCGUUGCCUGCCGUCGCCAUCUUGGCCGCGCGUCACCGCAAAUCACUUGCGGAUAACCAAAAAUGGGUAAAGGGGUUGGACAUGGGUGAAGCUGAUGUGGCUGGUUGCUCAAACCAUGCCCGCCUAGCUCGAUUUUAGGUACAGCAGUGGCAAUUCACCCCUCACUCAAGUGUCCACGCCCUUAAUUAUGCAGAACUUUAAGGCUAAAUAUAAUUUAAACGGAUGAGGUACAAAAAAAAUCACCCCCCUCACAGUUGUCAUGAAGGGCAAAAUUAGCUAUAUAGACCAAAAACACUGUUUGUACCAGGCUGUAAACAUAUUAUUUUCUGGUGUAAAGUUGGGCAUUUUAACAUGGAGGUCUAUGGGAAUUGACUUUUUUUGGAGCCAGCCUCAAGCGGCCAGUCGAUGAAUUGCAGUUUAAAUCAUUUCCGUAUUGGCUUCAUCAGAGAGAUCGGAAGGUUGCCCCCUCAGUUUAUGCACGUUCAACUCGUAAAUACGAUAUAUCCAAAUUGACUUGAACGCACAUGACGUCGUAAAUACUGGUGCAUUAAAGUCAAUUGGAAUAUAUCGUAUUUACGAGACAAACGCGUAUAAACGUUCGUUGGCGCAAGGUUGCGCAAAAUGAUGCACAAAAAGAAGCAUGGUAUUGGUAAAAUACUGAGUAGUUACAAAAUAUGAAAUACACCACCAGGACAUUGGAAGAAGUGAAAAUAAACUAAAUUCUUUAAAACAAGCUAUGCAAUGGCAGAAUAUCAUGAUGACCUACAAAGGCUAAGUGCAGUACGCAAACACUGAAACCGAGAAAAAAU